UUUUUUAAAAAGAGAGACCAGUAGUAACUCUAUAGUGCCGGGGCGGCUAGAAGGCUUCUUCCGGUGACGCCAGAGCCGCUUCCUCUGGAGGAACAUUUGAAUACCAGAGUCUAAAGGAAAACUGCUAUCUUGCAAGACACCUUGGUUUUAUAGAAGUGGAAGAAACCAACUGUCAUUACUCAACCUCUUUGCUGUGGACUGGUUCAUUCAUCAGGUCACUGUGGCUAAAUUCUUGCCAUCUCGAACUGCCUGCAGGAGAAAAUGCACGGGGUAAUUGAUCAGCUCCAGAUCACUCAAGGAAAAUGUUGCUGCCAUGUUGAAGGCUUGGGAUAGCCAGUUGUGGAAUUUUAUGUGGAAGGACAAAACCCGAUAACUCUGGUGCUGGAAGCAAGACUCAACGUGUGCCAAGAGCUGUUGGCUGCCCAAAUCCUCCGCGAUGUAGUUGUCCUCCUAAGCUUGUUAGUAGACCUCCUUUCCAGCUGUCAUCUUCAUGCAUGUGGACUUCUUUAACUUAUACUUCCUAGAAGAUCUGCAGGGCGGACCAUGGCCACAACAAACCCUCUGGAGAGCCUUCAGGUAGAAGCCAGCUGCUCCGUCUGCCUGGAGUACCUGAAAGAUCCUGUGAUCAUCGACUGUGGCCACAAUUUCUGCCGGGUAUGCAUCACUCGCUGGUGGGAGGACCUGAACCGGGACUUUCCCUGCCCUGUCUGCCGUAAGACUUCCCGCCACCGUUCGCUCAAGCCCAACCGGCAGCUGGGCAACAUGGUGGAGAUAGCCAAGCAGCUUCAGAUUACCAACAAGCGCAAGAUACGGGACGAGAACCUGUGCGAGAAGCACAAUGAAGUGCUCCGCCUCUUCUGCAAGGAGGACCAGGAGGCGGUUUGCUUAGUGUGUGAGAUUUCCCACGAACACCGCUCUCACACGGUUGUGUCCCUGGAUGAUGCCUCUCAGGAGUACAAGGAAAAGAUGCAGAAAUGCCUGGAGCCGCUAGAACGGAAGCUGCGGAAGAUUGCCUACUGUAAAGCCCAGGAGGAGAAGAAGCCUGGGGUGCUCAAGCGGAAAGUUGAGGAUCGCCGCCAGCUCAUCAUCAGGGAAUUUGAGGAGCUCCAUCUGUUCCUGACUGCAGAGCAGGAAGUGCUGAUUCGGCAUUUGGAGAAUGAAGAGAAGGAGAUCCUGCAGAAGCUAAAGGAAAACGUGGCUAAGCUGUCCGAGCAACGGGCCGCCCUUAACAGCCUCAUCACAGAGAUUGAGGAAAAAUGCUUGCAGUCAGGCAUGGAGAUGCUCAAGGAUGUGAAGAACACUCUGGAAAGAUGUGAAGAGGUGCAGGAAGAAGAGCCAAGUCUGGUCUCCACCGAGCUAGAAAAGAAUUUCUGCAAUUUUCCAAGGCAGUACUUUGUCUUACGCAAAAUCAUCAAGCGGUUAACAGGUGAUUUGACCCUUGACCCUGAGACAGCCCACCCCAACCUCGUGCUGUCUGAGGACCGCAAGAGUGUUAAAUUUGUCAAGCAGCGCCUGAGAGACCUGACCGACAGUCCAAGGCGCUUCACCAUCUACCCUUGUGUCUUGGCCACGGAAGGCUUCACCUCUGGACGCCACUACUGGGAGGUGGAAGUGGGUGAAAAGACUCACUGGGCCCUGGGCGUUUGCAAUGACUCCGUAAGUCGUAAAGGAGAGACAACCUCCUUGCCCGAGACUGGCUACUGGCGGGUGAGGCUCUUCAAUGGGGACAAGUAUGCAGCCACCACCACUCCUUUCACCCCGCUCAAUAUCUCCACCAAGCCCAAGCGGGUAGGGGUCUUCUUGGACUAUGAGGCUGGCAGACUUUCCUUCUACAAUGUGACGGACCGCUCCCAUAUGUACACCUUUGCUGACACUUUUACUGAAAAACUAUGGCCUUUUUUCUACCCAGGGAUCCGUGCCGGGCGAAAGAACGCUGCCCCCCUCAUCAUUCGGCCUCCCACGGACUGGGAGUGAUGAAAGGGCCAAGUUCCUCGGCUAGGAUUAGCCGUCAGAUCUGCAGACGUAGCUCUUCUAACUUGGCUUCCUAACGCAUCAGGGAUUGGAGGCAGGGGACAAGUCGUCUGGGGUCCCAGCACCAUCAUCCCCAACAGGGGGGGAAAAAGAAAGUCAUCAGGAGGAAAAACACAGAGAGGCUUUCAAACACCAAACAGUGGUUAAUUUGGGGGCUUCACAGUCACUCAGAGGAACGUGAUGCAUGGAGAGGAAAUGGAAGAUUUUUACGACAACAGCGAAAGGAGCCCCAGAGCGGCCAGGGCUGGUGAAGAUCCUCUUGUCCUUUUGUCAUCCCAAACCUCUGAUUGAGGGUGGAGGGGUUGAAGUCAAACUGGGAUGCUUAAACCUAGUCUGGUUGUUUGGCAAAAGCCAUAGCCUGUGCAUUGGCUGUGGGCAGAGCUGGUCCGAAAGAGGCUUGAAUGGAAAAUCUGGUGGUUUCACAGAUUGUGGAUGAGGGCAGGGGUGUGCCUUGUGGGCAGCAGAGAGGAGUGGCUUCUGCGUAAAAGGGCUUAUGGCAGCUCCUUCCUGGAAAUAAGCUCUUUCACCUUCCCUGCAGCUUCUCUUGCUUUAGCAGCCAGGAUGUGCACCGGCAGCAAACGCCUGCUGCCUUCUCGUUAAGAGCUUGUGGUGCAACGGGCCUGAGCCAGUCAACGGUCCCAGGCCCAGAUGGGCUCCUCUGAGGCACCCAGUGCUGACAGAGUUUGGAAACCAUUUUUCUCUUGGAAACUGCAGUUCUGAAAAUUCCACACACACACCCAAUAUGUUGGCUGUGAAAUUUGGGAAUUGUAUUUCAAAAAAUAUUGAUCGUUUGUGGAGGGGUAGAGGGGUUGUGGUCAGGCACAAAAAUGAGAAGUGCAGAAACGAAGCCUGUAGCUCAGCCCUGUAUCGGAGGCCUGGCUGAUAGUAGCGUUUAGAUCCCAAAAACGUUUGCCAGGUGGUCAGCCCCAGCCAGGGAUCCUGGAAUCCAUGACUCCAGGGGCUGAAGUUCAACAACAUUAUGUUCUGAACUAUAACAACUCCCAUCAUUCUUUGGUCAGGCUGGUGUCGAAACAUAAGAAUUGUAAUUACCAAAAAGAGAUUUUUCCAAGCUCGAGGCCAGGGCCCUGUUGGAUUUUGCCUGUGCCAGCGUUCUGCCCGUGACGGUCGAAUCGGCAGGCCCCAAACUGCUACCGCAAAUUCUUUCAAAGGGGAAGUUGAGCUGUAGAAGGCCUGUUCGUGGCUUGUAAUGUUGACUGACGGACCCAAAGCCUCAUUACAUUUGCUGAAGUCAGGGAGCUGCCAGGAGCACCCAAAAAGGGAGCGGGUGGCCUGGGCUGAGAAAUCACCUGUGGUGGCCACAAACAAGAAUUGAAUGUCUUCCAGUAGCUUGCAUUCGGCCGGGAAAUGUACCUCUCCUAAUCUCUGUAGUCAGAAAUUCCCCUUUAUAGCAUGUUGAUAAAUAAGGCUGAAUCAAGGCGUGAAUAGAAGGGUACUUUUCUAUUACUACCCUACCUCUUCACCCAAUGCACACAUUCACGCUCUUUUCAUCGUUGUUUGGGAAUGGCAAGAAGGGCAGACAUGCCUUCCAUUUCAUUGGCUACAUGACGUCUGUUGGCUGCAUGAAUCCUACGUGGCUGGUAUUGCCUUAUGAAGAAGUUUAGGGUUUUGCUUAUGGGGAGAGGCUGCAGGCGAUACAAAUGAGGGAAAGAAGCUGCUGGAGAUCGAUGGCAGCAGACAAAGGAAGGUAGCUGGAGUGGCCGGACGUACCUAUGUUUGCGUUCUACCCCUUUCUCCCUCCCACAUCCCUUGGCCUUGAAAAGUCUCAUCUUUGAAAAUAUAGUGCAUUCUUUUUGGUAUCAGAUGUUGUCUAACCUGGUUUCAUGAUCAGUUGCAGGGACUUUCUAAUUAGAGAAGAGCUCAGGCUGAACAAGAGAACUGAAAGACACAGGAGAGAAAAAAGGCAGGUGGUUGACCCAUGCUGAAUUGAUUGCAGUUGAACACCCCCCCCAUCAGUUUUCAAGGAGGCUUGAGUUAGCCUUUCAUGAGACCAUGUGGGUUCCUGUGUAGUUGUUGUAGGAAGCGAAUUCACAUUCCAGUUGCUUUGUCAGUCCUGACUCAUCUUAAUUAAAGCAGCCGUGUUCCCUUUUUAUUCUAUUUGUUUUUUAAAAUCCUCUUCAGGUAUUUUAGUGAAUGGAGGCAGCUCAAGAGGCCUGCUUUAGCCUUGCCCCCCGCCACAUCUGACCUCCGAUUGUCAUUUGGGAAAAUUUGAAAAGCCGGUGGACCCUACGUUCAGCUGCAUACAGCCGGAGCUGCAUUCAUCCAGUCUGAAGCCCUGCCUUACCAGGGUUUCCUCUCAUGUAAAAGGCUGUCAUUGCCUUCAGCCCAGCUUAGCUAUGGUUUUCUUUCCGAUCUUUGGCGGUAUAAGGAGAUUAGGAUGGGAGGAGGCAGAGCUUCCCUGCUCAUUUGCUGCAAUGAAUGCCUGAAGAGAGCUUGAGUUUUAUUAGGAAACUAACAACCCCUGCUCUUGGAUUGCACUUUUAUUCAGGGAGUUGGAUUUGAAACAGAAUCUACAUUGUAGGUCUCAUUUCAGGAAGAUCUUGAGAUUUUUGCAGCCUAUGUGGGUUAGGUCCAGAUGCACAAAAGGCAGUUCCUUCAAAUGUGGGGGGAAAAUGUGUGAGCUGAGGGAAAUGAAAGUCGGCUCUUUAUUAAACCACGUGGACUGAACUAGGGAGGAGAGAAAAGGGAUGCCCUUAGUUGUUCCCAAUAAUAAAGCAGAAUUAGGAACUGAAAGAAACAUAUGAGUGAAAGAGGGGAGAGAUUAGAACACACUUGAAGGUGAAAUAUGUGCGAUCGGUGAGAAUUCCAGUGCCCUUUUGAGGACAGAAAUUGGUGAAAGGCAGGCUUUUCCCCUUCAUGGUGCCCUCCAGACAUGGUGAUUACAGCCCCCAUCCUCCUUCGCCAUCACAGCCAGCAGCCGAAUGGAGGAUGCCAGGUUGAAGUGGGCAGGUUGUAGUGGAUCUCAAGUGAACUUCAUGGGUCAGCAGGAGAAUUGGGCCAGGUAGAUUCCCGGUUGCCUCUGCCUGCUAAUGGGGAUGACUGUGGCCUAAACAAAGUGACACGGAAAAAGAGAGAGAUAGGAGGACGUUCUGGCCCAAGUCUCUGAAUCCCUUCAGCCUGGGUGGACAGGCAGAUAUUCAGCAACCCACAGCUUAGUGCAAAAUACUUGUGUUGUGGCUUGUAAGAUUAUAAAUAAAAAUGCUGUCUAAUUCAAACACAUGUGAAUGUGGAAGUGUAAUUUCUUCACUGUAUAUACCUGGGCUCAAGAACAGUGGUGC